AUGGUGAUCACAACCACCAAAACCUCUCAAGAGAACGUGCACUCAACCUUCGCUUCCAGAUAUGUCCGUGCACCACUUCCCAGGUUUCAGAUGCCACCGAAUUCCAUGCCGAAGGAAGCAGCAUAUCAGAUAGUGAAUGAUGAGUUGAUGUUGGAUGGCAAUCCAAGGUUGAAUCUUGCAUCAUUUGUCACCACUUGGAUGGAGCCCGAGUGUGAUAAACUCAUCAUGUCAUCCAUCAACAAGAAUUAUGUCGACAUGGAUGAGUACCCUGUUACCACUGAACUCCAGAAUCGAUGUGUCAAUAUGAUAGCACAUCUUUUUCAUGCCCCUGUUGGUGAUAACGAGGCCGCGAUUGGGGUAGGGACAGUCGGAUCAUCGGAGGCUAUAAUGCUAGCUGGUCUUGCUUUUAAAAGGAAGUGGCAAGCCAAGAGAAAGGCAGAAGGCAAACCUUUUGAUAAGCCGAACAUUGUCACCGGGGCUAAUGUUCAGGUUUGCUGGGAGAAGUUUGCAAGAUACUUUGAGGUGGAACUGAAGGAGGUGAAACUAAUGGAAGGGUAUUAUGUUAUGGAUCCGGCUAAAGCAGUGGAGAUGGUCGAUGAGAAUACAAUAUGUGUUGCAGCUAUUUUAGGAUCUACCUUGACUGGAGAAUUUGAGGACGUUAAACUCCUCAACACACUCCUGACAGAAAAGAACAAGGAAACUGGAUGGGACACACCAAUCCAUGUUGAUGCUGCCAGUGGAGGGUUUAUUGCUCCAUUCCUUUACCCAGAUCUGGAAUGGGAUUUCCGUUUGCCUCUGGUGAAAAGCAUCAAUGUCAGUGGUCACAAGUAUGGCCUUGUAUAUGCAGGCGUGGGGUGGGUUGUGUGGCGGAGCACUGAUGACUUGCCAGAUGAACUUGUCUUUCAUAUUAACUACCUCGGAUCUGAUCAACCUACCUUCACUCUCAAUUUCUCUAAAGGUUCCAGUCAGAUAAUAAGCCAGUAUUAUCAAUUUAUUAGGCUCGGCUUUGAGGGAUACAAGAACAUUAUGGAGAACUGCAUGGUGAAUGCAAAGGUACUCAAAGAAGGAAUAGAAAAGACGGGGCGGUUUGAUAUCGUGUCCAAAGAUGUCGGAGUACCAUUAGUGGCUUUCUCCCUCAAAGACAGCACCAGAUACACAGUUUUUCAGAUAGCAGAGUCAUUGAGAAGAUUCGGAUGGAUCAUUCCAGCUUACACGAUGCCACCAAAUGCAGAGCGGAUAGCAGUACUGCGCGUGGUGGUCCGAGAGGAUUUCAGUCACAGCUUGGCUCAGAGACUCGUUUCGGAUAUUGAAAAGGUUAUGAAGGAGCUGGACGAUCUACCUCCGCGAGCUAUAAUGAAAGCUGUUCAUGUUGCUGCAGUUGCAGAUGAAACCGAAGGAUACAAAGGAAAUGGUGGCCACUUGAAAAAGAGCGUAACCGAUACCCAAAGAGAGGUAGCUAGUUACUGGAGAAGGGUAGUAAAAGAAAAAACCAGUGGAGUCUGCUAG